GACUUCAUUGCCUUGAAGAUGGACGUUAAUUCUUCGAGAAGAAGUUGCUUAGACGUGAUGACCAGAUGUACCUGUUUGGGCUGAAUAAUUCCCAGAUUUCAUGUCUGUCGUGCUGCCCGCUGGAGAUUUUACUGGACACUUAUAUGCCUGCAAAAUCCACAGUUAUUCAGGACUCCGUCACCAGCUUUCGAAAGUUUACCAUCAGGCCGGUGGUGGUAGAGACUGUCCGGAACUAUGCUACGAGAUGCCCUGGGAAAAACCUUUCGACUUGUUGGCUACACUAUACAAUACGGUUGCAUAGCUCACUGUGCCUUUGAGUACGUCGGUGGAGUUGUUGUGUGCUCAGGGCCCUCCAUGGAGCCCACGAUCCAAAACUCAGACAUCGUCUUUUCGGAAUGCCUUAGCCGACAUUUUUAUGGCAUCCAAAGAGGUGACAUUAUAAUUGCAAAAAGUCCAAGUGAUCCAAAAUCAAAUAUCUGUAAACGAGUGGUGGGCUUGGAAGGGGACAAAAUCCUCACUAGCAGUCCAUCAGAUUUCCUUAAGAGUCAUAGAUACGUGCCUAGAGGGCAUGUUUGGCUGGAGGGUGAUAAUCUCCAGAAUUCUGCGGACUCCAGGUCCUAUGGACCUAUCCCGUAUGGAUUGAUCAGAGGACGUAUUUGCUUGAAGAUUUGGCCCUUGAGUGAUUUUGGAUUUCUACGAGAUAGCCCCAAUGGCUAUAGAUUUCCUGAAGAUUAGCAAGUAUCCAGCCAUUUUCUUUUUAUUUUAACACAUUCCUGAAGGAUAGCUUUUACUAAUUCGUCAAGCAAUGUCUUUACCAUUAAAAAAUAUUUGAUAUUCA